CCGCGGGAAGGCUGGCCCUCGCACAGCGUGCGCAGCGUGCGGAGCGUUUCGUCCUCGCAGUCUGCCUCUCUCGGGUCUUCACGCCUUCGAGUGAGGACGUGCGGCCCCGCCGGAGCCAGAGGACUGCGGAGACAGGAGGGCGCGGCGGCCGUGGGGCGGGGAGUGUCGGGCCCUGGGGACCGACCGGCGUUGGGUGUCUGCGCCCCCCCACCCUCACCUGGCGAGUCCGCGCCUUUGUCGGCCGGCCGUGGCCGCCGUCUUCCAACAGGCGGCCGAGUCCUAGCAGGCCUUUCUUUUAGUCAAGAUGAGUGAUAAGCCAGACCUGUUCAAAGUGCAAAAGUUUGACAGGUCGAAACUGAAGAAAACUAAUACUAAAGAAAAAAAUACUCUUCCCUCAAAGGAAACACUUUGGCUCUGUGAUCUCAUCCCUAAAGAGCUGUACAACUCUGCAGUUGUGGCCGUCUCCCCACCUGACAACAAGAUGAGGUGGGAGAAUCAGCUUAGAUCUUGGGUAUACUCAAGUCUCCCAGGGAUCGAGGGAUCAUUUUGCCCUCUCAACUUACAGCCUGCUGGAGAAACUUCAAGCUAAGCUAUCCAGCAGGAGAAGGAGUGUGUUCAAACAUCAUAAAAUGGGGAUCUUCUUCCAAGAGCAAAUUUCAACAUUGUGUGUCUUGAUUUGGGGCUUGUUUUUUUGUAGACCUUUGUGUUGUAGAGAUUUUUGGCAUCUUCUGUCUUUUCACCCGCACUCCCUGGCUACGAGAUCAGGGGUAGCCAGUGUUCCUUUACAUUCAUUUUUAAAUUUUCUGUUGGUGUGUAAAUUCCAGCUGGCAGAUGCUUUCAGUAAUCUCACCAUUAAUGACUUUUGUGUGUGAAGUCCUUGCACACACUACAGGGUAAUCCACUUUAAACCUUCUACAAUGGGUGCCUCCAUUGCUCUAUAAUCUUCAUGAAGUGACACAUUUUUGCAGCUUUUCACAGUUUACUUUCAUUUUCUUAUGCAGCAAUAAAAUAAAUAUA